AUGGCAGAGUAUGGGAUCUCAGCUGGCCAGUCUGUGGCUGUGGUCUGGGAUAAGUCGUCCGCUGUGGAGGCCCUGAAGAAUCUGGUCGAUAAGUGUCAAACGUUAACCGGCGAUGAGGGCCAAGUGUCUGUGGAAAACAUCAACCAGCUAUUGCAAUCUGCCCACAAAGAAUCUAGCUUUGACAUUAUUUUGUCGGGUGUAAUUCCUGGAAGCACCACUCUGCACAGUGCUGAGAUUUUGGCUGAGAUGGCCCGGAUCCUGCGGCCUGGCGGAUGUCUUUUUCUGAGCGAGCCAGUAGAAACAGCUGUAGUUAACAACAGCAAAGUGAGGACGCCCUCGAAGCUGUGUUCGGCCCUGACUCUUUCCGGUCUCGUGGAAGUGAAAGAGCUGCAGCGGGAGUCCCUGAGCUCUGAAGAGAUACAGUCUGUUCGAGAAUACCUGGAUUACCAAAGCGACAGCCUGCUCUCUAUGCGCAUGACGGGCAAAAAACCCAACUUUGAAGUGGGUUCUUCUAGUCAACUGAAGCUUUCUCUUGCCAAGAAGACUUCUCCUCCAGCAAAGCCUCCCAUGGACCCUGCCGCAGCCAAGCUCUGGACCCUGUCAGCCAAUGACAUGGAGGACGAGAGUGUGGAUCUCAUUGACUCCGAUGAGCUGCUGGAUCCAGAAGAUUUUAAGAAGCCCGAUCCAGCUUCCCUGCAGGCUCCUUCGUGUGGAGAAGGGAAGAAGAGGAGGGCCUGUAAGAACUGCACCUGUGGCCUUGCGGAAGAACUGGAGAAAGAGAAGUCAAGGGAACAGGCGAGCUCCCAGCCCAAGUCGGCCUGUGGAAAUUGCUACCUGGGUGACGCUUUCCGCUGCGCCAGCUGCCCCUACCUCGGGAUGCCAGCCUUCAAACCCGGAGAGCAGGUGCUCCUGAGCACCAGCAACCUGAGUGACGCCUAGGAGGGAGCCGACGCCCUCUGGCCAACCCCCGUCCCUCCAGUCCCACCAUCAUGCUUCCUCCCACCCCCUCUGCACUCGCUCGCUCUCUGCUUAGAAUCCAUUUGCAGGGGGCGUGCUUGGUCAACAGAGCAGAGAGGGCCCUGGGGUGCGGCCGUGUGCGGUGCUGCUGUCUGGCAGAAGACCUAAGUAUAAUGGGGCCUGCUUACUCCGAGCGGGGGGACCUGUUUCUCCACCUCGUGUGAGGGCACGCUCUCCCGACAUCACUCUGCUGACCUGUCGCUCGGAUCCCAGACACCCUGGAGUGGUCACGCUCUGGGACAAAGAGGGCCCCCGCCCCACUUCAAAGCUCAACCACAGUGCCACUGAGCUGUCUUCCAGAGGUGGCGAUCUCCUCAACAUGCAGUUGGUGGUGACGUGAGUCACAUGUCUCAUGGCCUCAGGGCACCAAAGGACUCACCCAUUGGUUGCUGUGAUCAUACUCCGUGUCCCUCUGUCCCUUCCUUCCCCACCUCACCCCUGUUUUACUGUAUUAUAUCCGUCUUGUGGUUUCUGUUCAUCUACAGUUAUUAAAGUUGUGUACUUCAC